CCUCCAACUACUUUAGCGCGGACUCGGCAGCAGAUGGUGGACACGGCCCGAGGUUCCGGCGGGGACAGCGAAGGGAUGCGCCCAGCGCGCAGCGCCCGCCUGUAGCUCCGCGCCCGCUCCGCUCCCCCCAUGAGCCGCCCCGCGUCCCUGCUGCCGGCCGCCCGCUGCCGCAGCGCCCCGGCCAAGCGCCUCCAGCCCCUGCACGACGGCCCCGCCGAGGAAGCGCCGGCCGCCAAGUGCCCUCGGCUCGCCGAAUGCGGGCCCCCGGACUGCCUGAGCGCCCCCGGCUCGCCGUGUGCCCCCGCUUCUCCCGCCGGCGGCGGCGGCGCGGCGGGUCCCAGCCUGAUCGCCUCGUACCUGCUGCUGCCGCUGGCCGAGCGGGAGCAGGUGUCCAGGGCGCUGAGCGUCAGCUCGGGCCGGGAGCUGCGCUGCAAGGUGUUCCCCCUCAAACACUACCAGGACAAGAUCCGACCUUACAUUCAGCUGCCGUCACACAGAAACAUCACCGGGGUUGUCGAAGUCAUUCUCGGGGACACCAAGGCCUACGUGUUCUUUGAAAAGGACUUUGGGGACAUGCACUCCUACGUGAGGAGCUGCAAGAGGCUGAGGGAAGAGGAGGCUGCCCGGCUGUUCAAGCAGAUUGUCUCCGCUGUAGCUCACUGCCACCAGUCAGCCAUCGUACUUGGUGACCUCAAGCUCAGGAAAUUUGUCUUCUCUAAUGAAGAAAGGACUCAGCUGCGUCUGGAGAGCCUGGAAGACACACACAUCAUCAAAGGCGAAGACGAUGCGCUCUCAGACAAGCACGGCUGCCCGGCAUACGUCAGUCCUGAGAUCCUAAACACAACGGGGACUUACUCUGGAAAAUCGGCUGAUGUGUGGAGUUUGGGAGUGAUGCUCUAUACCCUGCUGGUGGGACGCUAUCCCUUCCAUGACUCGGACCCUAGCACUCUGUUUUCCAAAAUCCGGCGUGGACAGUUCUGUAUUCCUGACCACGUCUCCCCCAAAGCCCGCUGCCUCAUCCGCAGCCUCCUGCGGCGGGAGCCUUCUGAAAGACUCACUGCUCCAGAGAUCUUGCUUCACCCUUGGUUCGAGGCAGUCUUGGAGCCUGGAUAUACAGACCAGGAGACGGGAACUUCGGAUCAGAUUGUCCCAGAAUAUCAUGGAGACAGUGAUGAUAUUAGUUCCUUCUUCUGCUAACCCCGAAAUCUCAAAAACCUCGCCGGUUCUUACCUCCGGUAUCUUCGUAGGGUUUCAUUUUUCCACGUCUGCAAACUCAACAGCAUCUUAAAGUGCCAGUAUGGUCAGAAAAGUGACCUUGUCUAAAUGAAUGCCAACCUGGAGAUCUCCACUCCCUAAGUGUACUCAGAGUUCCAUGCUCCUGCUCUGCUGGUCGGUCCCACCAGCCCCGGAGGACCUGUGCAGCUUUGUGAGAACUGUCUGGCUCUUCUGCCUCCUGCAUCCUCCUCCGGCGUAACUGUGGGAUGGAAAGGCAGCUCCUUCUGCUUUCCUGCAGCGGCUGCAGAGGUGUGGAGCCCUGGCCACGAUGUGUAGGGGCAGAGGGGCACACAGUGCACCUCUGCCUGAACAAAUCUGACAGAAAUGGUUAAAAGGGGAAUGCACUCGGCGUGCCCCAGCAGCCAGCUCACAAAGCAGCUCUCUGACUGUAAGCACACCUUAAUGAGGGAAGGAGGUCUUCGCCCACCACGGCCAGCUCUGCUCGCUGCUGCUCCUCCAGCUGAUCCCGCUUUCAGAGGCGUGAAGCUCCUCCAUCCACCUGUGGCUCUUUCUGAAGCAGAAACCAGUGGAUCUCCUAGCCAGAUCCCCUCUGAUUCCGUUUGCUGACCAGGAAAACAUUUUAAAUAGACUUAAGCCUCUUGUUACCGUGGUGUAGCCUAUAUAACUUUAUGCCCUCAGCGAGCUUGUCAAGUAGCAGGUCUCGUUAGCUCCGAGUGCCAAAACGUAUCCGUUUACCAAACCGUAACACUAUGGCUGGGGUGCCUUCCCCUGGGAAAGGAGAAGGAGUGUCUUGUACAGUACCCAUAAACAUGGCCAUGUUUUUCAACCUGCUCAGCUCUUAAAAAUACCACAUCACCUCCUCUUUCCACCUCCACCCCCCAAAAAGUUAGUCUUAAGAGGUAAAAUCUCAGUACACCCUUAGCUGAUCAUUCAGGUAUGCUGUUUGCCUCCAGCCACCCCCUUUUUUUUUUUUUUAUUUUAAUUUUUUUUUUAUUUUGCAUGAUUAUUCAUAGUCUUUCCAAUAUGUGUGGAUAAUGAAUAUAUCUGAAUCAUUAGCUUCCUGGGUUGGGGGUAAGUAAAGCUUAGUCCUGCUUAAAAUUACUGCUUCGUUUUACAUGUGGCCAGUGGUUUAUGCAGAGAUGUCCAUUCACCUUAGGCAAGACUGUGGCUUCUGAAAUGGCUGUGGAGUGGGUGAUGCACAUUGCCAACACCAUGCAGUUUGAGUAAAAUAAUUUUAAGGGUUAACCCUGGCAAGCUGCAGUCCCACCACGCUGCGAGAAUACCAUGUAUACCUCAUGGACUGUGUACUUUGUACAUACCUUACUGUUUGGGGUUUUCUUGUUUUGUUGUACUUUGUCCUAAUAAGAGGUGUCGAAGAGCAGUUUAAUGUGAAUUAUUAUUGGCAAUACUAACUUGACAGAAUCAUGAGCAUUAAGAGCAGAGCAGUCCAGCUCUCCGUUGCACUAAACCUCUCAUGAUUGCUUGACAUUUGUAUCUGUGAUACAGUUUAACCCUUCUAUGAAAAACAAUACAUUUGUAUAUAUUGGUAGAAAAUUCUGCCAGAAAAGCUAAAAAACACUAUGUCCAAUUUGUACAUAUGUAUAUGUCUGUGAAAACCUGGAUGAUAAAGUCUGACUUGUAGAAAGUUUUAAUAAACUUGGUUUCAUAAU